AUGACGUCAUCUGCCACCUCAACCCCAUGGCGAGUUUUCUAUCUAGUAGCACACGCCCGACAAAACACUGGUCUCAUAAGCCGUGUAUUAAAGGUGUGUAACCAGCUGGAAUGCCACGUAGACACUUCCGAUUCUCCGUAUAUAAAACGCUUCUCUGCUUCUUUAUCUCUCGUCCUUAACAAACUGAAAUCUGAAAAAAAGAAAAUCAUAAUUCAACGCCACUUCCCUCCCGCGUUUAUACCGAGAUUUUGCCCGCUAUACCAUCUUCCUUCUGAACAAGAAAUCUCCGUCAUGGUUUCCGCCUUGAAGAACGUCAUCACUGGUUCCACUUCCUCUUCUAAUAUUGAUUCUUUUUUCGAUUUUGGUGCUCCCGAGAGCUCCACUUCUACUUGUACUGGCGCUGACCGGUGUAACACGGUACUUCAAGUGAGUGAAGUUCAGGAUAAGUGCCACGUCUGCAAAUUCGACGGCUGUCUGGGAUGCAAUCUUUUCUCGCCAACUCUGCAAGACGUAAACAAGGGGACAAUUAAGCCUAGAGGUAAAAGAGUAAAGAAAAACUACAGGGGAGUACGGCAAAGACCAUGGGGCAAAUGGGCAGCGGAGAUUCGGGACCCAAGGCGUGCCAGCAGGGUGUGGCUCGGAACCUUCAACACGGCGGAGGAAGCAGCUCACGCUUAUGAUAAAGCAGCUAUCGAUUUCCGAGGACCGAGAGCUAAACUCAACUUCCCCUUCCCUGAUAUCAGUGCAACACCUCCACCACCACCACCAGCUACCGGAAUAGUUACACCGAUAAUAACCAGUGAUCAUGAAAUCAAUAACAAAUGGAUGAAUGAGGAAGAAGAGAAGGGAAAAAGACUGGAGAAUGCAGUAAGCGAAGAUGAGAUUCAGCAGUGGAUGAUGAUGAUGAUGAUGACAGAAUUUCAAGGGGACAACUAUUGUUGGGAUUCUACAGGGAAUGCUAAUAUUUAAGUUUUUUUUUAUGUAUUUGUAUUUGUAGCUGAAUAUUGUGUUGUA